AAACAAGGACUGUAAUGGCCGCCGUCAUAAACAUUUAAACGAGUGAAAUUAACAGUAACAUCAUGGCAGACCAGGCAGAGGAAACUCCCAAGGAGACUCCUGGAAGCCCGACUCCAGCAGCCCCUGAGGCAGAGGUACAACAGCAAGAUGAUGAGCAUGGUGAAGGCCCUGUCCCUAAGCCAGAAGGGGAGGAGAAACCCGAUGAUGGACGGGGGCAGGAUCCCACCCCUAAACCUGAAGGGGAUGUUAAAACAGAAGAGCCAAGUGGUGAACAGCAGGAAGUAGUUGAAGCCCCAGCAGAACAAAAAGAGGAAGAAAAGACUGUUGAUGAAACGACAGAACAACAACCUGCAGAGGAAUCACCUCAGGGUGGGCAGACUGAAGGGGUUGGGGGUGAAGAGGGGGUAACUGAGGGGGAGGGGCAAAAAGAAGUGGAGGAAACUCAAGCUGAACAGAAGGAAGAGGAUGCUAAGCCAGAGGAAAGCACGGAGCAGCCAAAAGAGGAAACUGUCCAGGUUCCUGCCCCAUCACCUAUCCAGGCAGACCAGGGAACGGAGACAGAUAAAACCCAGGAACCAGAACCUGAUGUUGACCCUUCAGCCCUAAGCCCAAGGUCAAAGGUCAACCUUGAGGCAACUGCAACAGUUAAGUUUGUACUAAUGCCUAGCGGUCAAGUGGUAACUCAAGCAUGUACCCUCGGUCAGACCCUGGAGCAACUCAAGCAACACUUCAGCAUGGAGCUCAAGUUGCCGGUCACUCUCAUCAUGAUUAUGUUUGAUGGAAAAACAAUGCCGGACAGUACCACGCUUGCUGACCUGGGGGUGGGGCCCAACGGAACUAUCCAGCUGGAACUGCAGUCUGCCGACCCAGUCAACACUCCAAUCAAGGCAUACAGGCCGCGUCAGGAAUACCACAUGCCAGAUGUUAUCACAGUGCGAGUGCAGGCAGAAGAUAACACAUUCAAAGAUGUAGUUGUUGAAAUUGAAAGAACAACGAGAAAAAAGCCAUUCCUCGGCGGAUAUCGCCAUAAAAAGUCUUCUGUCGAAUACCACCAUGCCUCCGCUCAGACAAUGCAAAAGCCUAGACCACCUCCACCAUUUGAACGCUUCUGUCGAGAUACCCAAACAGUCGAACAGAAGCACAGACCUCAGCAAACGACCAAUGAAAUGUCGACGCAGAUGACGGGUAUUGGCGUGUUUGUAUCAAACAGGGAAGACAAACUUCUUAGACCUAAGCAGUACACGACGGCUGAUGAAUAUCAUUUGAUGAUUCUAAAUAGAGUAAUUAUAAUACAAAAAUACUACAGACGAUGGCUAGCCAGACGUUACGUUCAGAAAUUGAAAGAAGACAAACUUCGACGACUGGAGUUUGAAAGACUUGAAGAAAUACGAAAAAAGAAAGAGAAGGCGGACAGAAUCAAGAAGGAAUUCGAAAGAAGGAUGAACCCAAAAAACAAAGAAGACUUUGAUCUUCUAUAUCAUGCCUUAGAAAAAUGGAGACAGGAAGAGCUAGAACGUAUUAACACAACGUUGACGGCCGCAGAGCGCAAGGCUGCGUUAUGUAUGUUACUGGACCAAGAAACACAGCUCAUCGCGGCCAUUGGAAGACACAAAAUUGAAGCUGAUUCUGAGAAUAAAGAUAAAAGAAUUCAAGAUUUCCUAGAUAAGGCUGCAGCACCGAAAAAAUGGAAGGGUUUUGACGGAAAAGGGACCGAGAUGGAUACGCCAUUCACGAUUCGUGCCAAGGAGUUACGAGACAUCUACAACAGCAUCAACAUGAAAUAUCUCACCCAGGACGAGAGAUUAGAUGUGCUGCUUACUCUGAAACACACUGUCAAGGAACAUGACUGCAAGCUAACACAGGAAAUCAUCGAGUUGAUAGAUCGUGAAGCUGACUUGCUGAUGCGUGGAGUGAAGGAAACUAACCUUGACGGCCUGCGGAAGCGUAUCUCAACCCUCUUCCUUCAGUACCUCAAGACACCGACCUUCAACCCAGAGGCCGCCAAACUGCUCAAGGUACCACAAGACCCAACUGUUCUCCGAAAGAACAUUUACUUCUGCCCCAGUUGCAACAGUUACCUACCCUCAACAGAGUUUGCAAUUUCGUCCAACUCCCGCAACGUCGGAAAGUGUCGUCGUUGCACCAAAAUCGACAACGAUGCUCGCGUCCGACAGGACUACAGUCACUACAGAUAUCUGCUUAAGCAGCUUCGAAAGGCAGAGCAAAAUUACCUGGACAACUCCAAGAUUGCCUUUUUGUUACAGGAGCAUGAUCUUCGUUACUUGGUUGACAAGGUCUGGGGCGGACAGAGCAUUCUCAGCGCAUGGGACGAUCUGUUUGAUCUUACAAUGGUGCGCUGGAAUAAGCAUGAGGAAUGGUCGCCAUGGAACUGUAUCCUGCUGACUAAGGACGAGGCAGCCGCGCACGAUAAACUUGUGAAUCUUGAGGAGGGCUAUGGCCAGGUGUUUAUCCAGAAAGUACAACAGAAACACGUGCUUGCGCGGAACUAUUUCUCACGCAUGCCGGGAAUGGCAGAACUUGUUAAAGAGCGUGCGAGUGAGCGUGACACUAGAUCAGGACCAUCAAUACAAGGACAGUCUGUCACGGUCCAAUAAUUCUUGUUUUGAUUCUAAUGAAUGUGAUAGAGUAUUUUUAGAUUUCCAAAGAAAGAGUGCAUACAAAUAAAAUAUAAAACACACAAAUGAUGGUACUUAUAUCUUGGAUUUUUAAUCAUGUACAAUGUAUAAAUGGUUAAAUUCUAUUUGACUGCAAUAUUUGCAGAAAUGUUUAUCUGUGUCAUAGGUAAUAAAAUGUGGAUAUUAUUUAAUUGUCAUAUUCGUAAUAUAUUUUGACAAGAAUAUAUGAUGUUCAUUGAGUUUAACAUAAUUAAAAAAAGUAUUUUACCUUAAAUUUUUCGUUUCCCCUUUAUACUGUACAUUGUAUAUUAUAAGUAUGUUGACAUGAUAUUUUUUUUCAUAAAAAAGCAUGUUAUAUAUCGGUAGGUGAACUGCCAGGUGUAUCUGUUGAUGAUUGUGUAUUAAGGGUUUAUAUUGAUGUACAAUUGUGUGAUAGGUAGGACAAUAAUAUUCUUGUGCAUUGUCCCAAAUAAAGCAAAUAUGGAAACGCCGGACUUCCAAAUGUUCACUUCAUUGUUACACAAUGUUGUGUUGUUUUACAUGUAUGAUAAAAAAAACUACAAAAAUAAUAGCAACAGUAUAAUUAUGUGCAUUAUAAUUAUGACAAGUUGUCCUGCACAACAUAUUUUGUAAUGAGUUUGCCCAGGCAAUAUGAUAAAAAAAGAUAUGGAAAAUCAGAUGGCCCAAAAAUGUUUCCAUACUUUUGGAAGAAUAUACAUUGUUAAGAAAAUACAUUCAAACUAUCGAUGGAAUUUUUGUUUGAAAAUUGGUUACACAUUUCUUGAAAGCACUUACCAAAGAAUGUUAUCUGGAAGUCUUUUACCUUUAACAUACUGUAAUACAUGAAAACACACUUAACCACAACUACCCACUUAUGUACAUGAAGCCUUAAAUUCUUAAGUAGCUAUUACCAAUUUAAACAGGCAUAUUUUCUUUCAGUAAUGUGUAUACAUGAACUUUUGUGGCCGAAAUUUGCCCAGACAGCCACCUUUGGAGUAUGCAGUUUAUGAAACUGUUUCUGUUCUAAUAUUGUGUUUGAAUGUACUUUCAUAGGCUUGCACAUUCUGUAUAUAACACUCUUUUGUUUGAAAGGCAAGUCUAGAAAAUGAUGCCAGUAUACUAUGAACCUGUGUUUUAUAUUGUCAGUGUCAUGUUUUAUACCCCCCGUAUUCUUGUGCAUUCUCUGCUUCUGGAGCUGUCGCAUGUGUUCGUGAUUGGACUUUUCAAACAUCAUCAUUGAAUGAUGUGUAUUAUAAACCCUUAACACAUUCAAAUUCCAAAAAUGGUGAUCAUUGAUUACAAUUAAACCGGUAGUUGGCAUGCUUCUGAAUUUCCAUAAACACAUGAACAAAUGCUGCAUUUAAAUACAUUGCAUAUAUGUUACUGUCUUAAAAAAGUGUAAUUAGAUUGUUAGAGAGAAAAAUAUAUCUGUGAUAUUACAAAAUGUUAAUGAUGAAAAACAAUGAAUAAAUUUAAAAUUAA